GGAGGCGUUUAAUUCUUCUUUCACUUCCGGUCGGUGCUGAUGUGAGUAAAGUGAAAGAUGCAGGAGAGUGAGGGAGAAGAGCAGCACACUGUGUUCGUGUUCAAUCUGAGCAACUGUGUGAGGGAGGAGAUUUUAUAUGAGCUCUUCCUGCAGGCAGGACCGGUGCGGAAAGUCGUUAUUCCCAAAGAUCGAGACGGAAAUCAGAAAUCUUACGGCUUUGUUUACUAUAAACAUGCUGAGGCAGUUCCCUAUGCCAUUGCGCUAUUGGAUGGGAUCUGGCUCUACGGCUGUCCAAUCACACUGCGGCAUCAUUACGUACACACACUCACAGCUCAGGAUGAUCACAGCUGGAGAGAUGCGACGUGUGCCCUACGGGGAGUUCCAUCUAUGUGCCCUAUGCAGGGUCCCUACUUCCCUCCUGUAAUUCCAUGGGCGUGGCCAAAAGGUGGAUUUGUUUCCUGGACUUCCUGUUCAGAUGAGCUGACCCAGGCUUCAGACUGUACCAACUCGGAAGAGAUGGGCGCAGAGCAAAACACAGAGAUGGAAAAUCAUCGUAAAGGCAGAAGAGGCCAUGAGAGGAGAAACAAACCCAAGAAAAAAUACAGAAGUUAAUUCAAAAGUUUUACACACAGCUGCGUCUGUUCAUGUGUUAGGCUGAUUACACUGUUAAACAUGGUUAAUGUGUGUGUGUGUGUAUUAGCAGGAGGUGUGUUUAUGUUUAGACUAUCAGGAUCAUUACAAAACAUUUAAGUUUAUGAGUAUGAUAAUAAUAAUAAUAAUAAUAAUAAUAAUAAUAAUAAUAUUGAUGAUGAUGAUGAUGAUGAUUGGAGGAACAGUCCGGCUCUCGUUCAGUAAAGAGAAUUUACACACAUCCUUAAUAUUUGUUGAAAAUAAGUGGCCUUAGAAGUCAGCUGACUUUCCUAAUGUGACGCACUUUGUUCCUGAAGUGUAAAUGUUAUAAAAAAAGAA